GUCUAGUUUCCGAGCCUAAGCAAUCAGAAUCAUCCAUUUCAGGAACACUAUAUGGAAAUGUUAGAUCUGAUCCGAGCUGGAGCAAAGAUCCAUUACCAUCGGACGCACCGUAUGGAGCAGGAGAUGCGGGGAUGGACGUCCCUGUAGGUGCAGACACAUUCUAUGGUCCAACUCCUCCUCCGUAUCAGCAGGACAUCACAAGGAGGCCAUAUGUAAACAAUGGCCCAAACGACCCUGGUGCAGGAGCACAAUAUGAACCACGACCCCAGACUGGCCUCGGUCAGGAAAUGACUAGACCACUUUACCAAAGAAACGGUCCAGUUGGUCAUCCUGAUAAUGCAGGGACGUCUGGAUCAAAGACAUUUUUAAAUUCGGCCCAACCAGGUACGGAGCAGAUGUAUCCUCCAAAAGGCCCAGCCGGUCAACCCAAGAAUGGGGUACCAGGUGCUGGUAACAUAGAGGCAGUGUUUCCAAGAGGUAUGUCCAGUGUUCCUCUGCGUAAAGAACCUAGGGUGUCAGGGCCACGAAUAAAGGUAGUGGAAUCUCUGUCACCAGCAGAGUUCUCUGUCCUUGAGAAAGACGCCAGCGGAGUGGCUGGAAAAAAGCUUGGCGGUGGUACUUUCCCUCCGGGAAUGUCUUUAUCUAAUGACUUGAGGGUUCCAAUCCAAACAACGCCGAGUCCAGUUAAUACAUUCAGGAAAAAUGUACCCAAUAAAAUCCCUUUGAAGCGGAUGGUAGACCCGGCUCAGUAUCUUGAAAAGUCGAAAGCAAAUCUUGGUCAAACAGGCACGUCUGUGUCUGUGAAUAACAGACCUAAUGCUGACCCUAACUAUGCGUCAGGGUAUACAAAACCUGCUGAAGAGCCACAGUCUCAGAUCAAACAUGUUGUAGUUUCCCUGGCAGCCUCUUCCUCGUCCCGUCUAUCCAGUUCCCCAUUACGUCUUAGACAUAAUGAGAAAGGGGAGAUAAUCCACCCUUCAACAUCAGGAUCCAACACUCAGCAGAAGUUUCUGGGUAACAAUGCACCAAAUAUCAACACGGCACAGAACCAAGGACCUGCUCAGAACCAACAGCAAGGCUAUGAUAUAAACAGGCAACACAUCACAACUGCAGCACCAUACAUAAGGGUUCACACAAAAUCCUUUUCUAAACCCAUUAUUAGAUUUUCUGGUUUGAAGACUCAAACACCACGGCCAAGUUUCAGAUCCAGAUCGGUGACUGUGAGGGCUCCUCUUUCAAGACCGGGUUUUAAGAAAGCUCCUUUGUUUAGGGUGAGGCAGACCAACACAUCCUCAUUACCUUAUCGACCACGGUUUUUACGCAGGAGGGGCCCAACAGCUACUGAGAAUGAUAGAUCCAGUACCAUGCCUGCAUCCUCAGCUGCACAAUCACCUGCCCGGGUCCAGUCACGUGUGCCAACACCUCAAACUGCAGCCACAUCCCCGAAGACCCAUUUGCCUAAUUACCGCCCCAGAAGUCCUGUUCCCCGUGUUGGUACCAAUGUUGGGAAUCAGCCUCCUCUGCCACAGACACCAACAGACAGCAUGAGAGAGUACCGAAAAACACCAAACCUCAAUAUCAAACCUGAACCCCAAAGUCCACCAUCCAACCAGGGCAUCCAUGCACCAUCACAGGAUAGCCCUGGUUAUCAGCAAGCACAGGGUACACAAUCAAGUUAUCAGUCGAGGUUACAGAACAAUCAACAACAAGCAAACACAAAACCUUCAGUUCAAACACUUGGCCCACAACCUCCACGAAAAAUUACUUUCACACUGAGACGAUUUUCAGGAGGCUUUAACACGAAGAAAAAUUCUCACCCCAUAAACAAUAAGCCCUCUGUUCCCCAGAGUUCAUAUAACAACCCAUCACUUCAAAAACCGCAAAAUCCUCCACCUGAAAUUAACGCCUAUAAUUCUCAAUCAAAUCCCCAAACUUCAAACACCUACGACAAUCCACAGAAGACCCAACAGAAUGUUCCUUCGAAUAUUCAGCAACCGUCUUCAUAUCAACAGUCGCAGUCAUUAAGUAACCAACAACAGCAGCCAAGUUCCUACAACAAACAAGCAAUAGCACCAACUCCUAAACAAGUUGUGUUGCCAAAGCCUUCUCAAAGCUCAGGGUAUCAAACUAACAACAAUCCGGACCCACCACAGCAGUCUCAAAACUUCAACACGCAAGGACAAAAUGUACAGUCUUCAAUCCCUGCCUUUCAACAAGCACCUGGUUCAGUUCCUCAGAGUAAAAGCUGGAAACCAGAAACCGGACAGGGUAGUAACAUAAACAUGCCAGCUGCAAGCCUGACCUCAUAUCAAAGUGGUUCAGGUACAUCGUAUCAGGCCCCAAAGCAUCCUACUCCGCCCCAAAAGCAACAGGUUGGAUAUCAACAACAGCCUCAGCAGCAGCAGCAGCAACAACAGCAACAGGGGGGAUAUCAGCAUCAGUCACAACAACAAAUGCCAGGUCAACAGCAGUUAUCACAUCAGCCACAGCAGAAGCAGGGGUAUCAAAAACAAUCACAGCAACAACAGCAGCAUGGUGGAUAUCAGCAACAGCAGCAACAAAAUCAAGAGUCCUAUCAGUCAAAGAGUCGGCCAACACCACAGCAAAAUCAGCACACAGGGAGUAACAAUGGACUAGGGCAACCAGCCUUUAUGCAGGUCAAUACAAAUACAAACAACAAUGUCCGAAGUGGGAAUCAGGGAACAGGCUACGGUAGUGCCGGUGGAUUAGUUCAAACACAGAACAGUCAAACUAAUCAAGCCAGGUCUAUGAGUCAGGGUGCACUGAAAGAGGUGGUGAGCAUCUUUAACCAACAGGGACAACAGCUUCAUGGCCAGGUGAAGCCACAAGGCCAGACAGGAGCUACAGCAUAUGGUCAGUCUGCAAAUAAUCAACCAGGAAUGCAGAACCAAAAUAGCUUGGCUACAAACACAGGGGCGACUCGGUCAUCAGGUUACAGUAAUACUGGAUCUCAAGGACAAGGUCUCGCUCAGUCUGUAAAUACACAGCCCUCAAUGCAGAACCAGAGUCCGAUAAAUAGCGCAAGGGCAAUCUCAUAUGGUGGACAACAGGGUCAAAUGCCCAUACAGUCAUCAGCUGGUGGAUCAGGCCAAAAGCUGAGUCAGAGUCUAGGACAGCCAAAUAUCGGCCCGAAUAACCAGGCAGGUGUAUCGACCUCCUACCACAUCCAGGGGCAAAGUCAAAUUGCUGUGAAGCCAGGGUCAACUGGUCAAAGUGGUCAGGGACAGGGUGUCAGUAUACAAGGAACUGUCCAGCACGGAAGUCAAGGUCAAAACCCUCAAACAGGAAUUGGAUCUAACUUAGGUGGUUCACCGCUAAACCAAGGUGCAAUUAACUACCCUGGACUAUCGCAAGCCAAUACAGGACAGGUGGGGAAUUCCAUGUCAACACAGACGAAUCAAGGAAUGCAAAAUGGAGUCAAUCAAGGAAUGCAAAAUGGAGUCAAUCAAGGAAUGCAAAAUGGAGUCAAUCAAGGAAUGCAAAAUGGAGUUAAUCAAGGAAUGCAAAAUGGGGUUAAUCAAGGAAUGCUAAAUGGAGCCAAUCAAGGAAUGCAAAACGGAGUCAAUCAAGGAAUGCAAAAUGGAGCCAAUCAAGGAAUGCAAAAUGGAAUCAAUCAAGGAAUGCAAAAUGGAGUCAAUCAAGGAAUGCAAAAUGGAGUCAAUCAAGGAAUGCAAAAUGGAGCCAAUCAAGGAAUGCAAAAUGGAAUCAAUCAAGGAAUGCAAAGUGGUGUCAAUCAAGGAAUGCAAAAUGGAGUCAAUCAAGGAAUGCAAAAUGGAGUCAAUCAAGGAAUGCAAAAUGGAGCCAAUCAAGGAUUGCAAAGUGGUGUCAAUCAAGGAAUGCAAAAUGGAGCCAAUCAAGGAAUGCAAAAUGGAAUCAAUCAAGGAAUGCAUAAUGGUGUCAAUCAAGGGAUCCAAAGUGGUGUCAAUCAAGGGAUACAAAAUGGAGCUAAACAGGUUCAGAAUGGGAUUAAUCAAGGGGUAUCAGGUGGAACCGUUCAGAGCUUCACUGGUGGAACUCAGCUAAACACUGCCGGUGGAACUCUUCAGGGCGGUGUUGGCACAGUCGGUGUGGGUGGACAGAUGAACAUUGGUACUCAAGGAGGGGUUGCCCAAAAUAGUAUGAGUGCCACACAGCACCUGGGGGGAGGUAAUACCGUGAUGACGGGAGCGGGAGGAGGAGGAGGAGGAGGGAUGGCAACUGGGGGGACGAUGACGGGUCCAGGCAGAGUCAGGGAUCUUGUCCUUCCCUACAGGAACAAAGGAGCAGCGAUGCUGGGGGCUGAACCGAUUUCAUUUGAGGUGGGUGUAGGUGGGAGGAUGGUGAUGGAUCCAACAGAUGCACUGAGGUACAAGGCUCAAGGAGGACUGCUGCCUAUUAAUGGAAUGCCUGGGUCACAAGGGGCCAAUGCACAGCAGGUCAUUCACCUUGAAGGACAACCAGUAGGGAACAUGUUCGCUCAGCCAGCUAAUGGUGUGGCUCAGCGAGCAACUGCUGGAAAUGUUGGGGUGAUCGGCACUGUUCGUAGUCAGGCGACUGUUAAUCUUCCCUCGCCACCAGGAACCGUUGUCGUUGCUGGGCAGCAAAACAAUCAACAACAAAUUAUCACCAACCAGAAACCAGCCACUCAGAUCACCUUCCGAGGGAAACGAUCAACGAACACAGAAUUCUUUUCCAAAUACAAUCUAAAACCAACACGCGCCUGAGAAAAGUGCAUAUGCACUAGAAGUAGUAAUGACAUAUAUAUCAUAUAUAUCACGUAUAAGUCUUAAGUCUGUACAUGAAUCUACAGAUGUUUGAGCAUCCCCUGUCUUUGUUUAAAGUUUAAAGCCUGUAUCGUUGAUUAUUGAGUUAACUAGAUGGCCUGUCAUAUCCGAUUCUCAUAGUCCACCUCUUCAACUUUAGUCACAAGGGAUAUCUCUUCUGCUUACAUGUUCAAUACAAAUGGUAACCUUUAAUUCAGUUGAGAUCAAAUGUUGAACGACGAUACACAGGAUAAAGAAUGCCUCACAUAUUAUGAACUUGGAUUGCGAUAUAGUGUAUAUAACAAUAUGACAAUUCCAAGCUUCUACUCCAAGCUUUAUCACUUGGGACAAAUGAAUCGUGAUACAAAGACAGAUACAAUAGCAUAUUUUAUAACCUUUUAUUUGAAACUUUAUUACUAAAUCGUAUGUAUCCGUUGCUGAUUUUCCAGAGUAUCAUGUUAUCUUUAAACCUACCUUGUGUAAAUUUACGUAUCAGACACGCGUAUACUUUCUUAAAUAUACAUUCAUUUUGCAACCCACCUGAAAAUGAAACACUAUUCAUAAAA